GCAAACGAAAAUGUUGUGCGUUUAACAUUGUUUUUGAUAAUUGUAUUGUCUUUACUUCAGCUGUGUUUGGAUAUUUAGAAAGUCCACAGCAUGUUUUGGUCUGAAAGGUUAAUACUUCGAAUACUGGUUUGGGGGACCAUUUUGAUGAAAUUUAAAGUGUAUUCAUACGAGUGCCUUAACUGUCCGAUGACGAGAACAACUACUCAAUGUAACCAGACAACAACCUGCCCACCCUCAGAUGAAUGCUAUGCAAGGUACACUGACCAGCCCGAUGGCGCAUUGUUCCACGAAUUCGGAUGCAAAGACAGCAGACUCUGUGUACCACCAAAGGGAGGCAACUCUGGUACAACUGCGUUGAUAGGAAAGCGAUUAAAUGAAAGCGGGUCACAUAAGGUGCGUGCAUCAGGAGUACACGUUCUUUGUGACGAAUGCUGUAAGGGAGAUAACUGCAACCAGGGGACACUACUGUGUUACCAACUUCACCCCUGCAAUCCGGAUCCCUGCAUGCAUGGGUCGUGUUAUCCGGAACCUAACGGGCAGUACCGGUGUGUCUGUUACACGGGAUGGACUGGUAUUGACUGUGAUGAUAACGACUCCUGCAUUCCGGAUCCUUGCGCGCAUGGUUCUUGUUUUAGUGGACCUAACGGGCAGUACCGAUGUGUCUGUCAGCCGGGAUGGAAUGGUACUGACUGUCAAAUCGCUGCUUCAACUACGAGUGCUCCCGAUCCUUGUUUGUCAAACCCAUGUCCCCAGGGAACGUGCGCGAGACAUGGCACGAAUUUCACGUGCACCGCGUGUCAAAGCGGUUAUACAGGUCCGAACUGCAACCAAGUUGUUACGUCGUCGGAUCCCUGUACGCCAAGUCCAUGUAUGCACGGGUCAUGUUUUUCAAGUGGUAGCACUUUCUUUUGCCAAUGUUCGCAGGGAUACACGGGAAAAACGUGUAAUACAGCUGCAACAACCCCGGCCCCCUGCUCCUCAACCCCUUGUAUCCAUGGCUCGUGCACGAACCAGGGCAGCAGUUACACGUGCACUUGUACAAAUGGAUGGGCGGGGACAAAUUGUGACCAAGUUUCAGUGUCAGACCCAUGCCAGCCAAAUCCAUGUAUACACGGCACGUGUUUCGGCAGUGGUGCAAACUUUCUCUGUCAGUGUACACAAGGAUACAUGGGGAAAACGUGUAGCGCAAGUACAGAUCCCUGUAGUAAUAACCCCUGUGUUAACGGCGUUUGUUUUCAUCACAACAACGAUUUUGUAUGUCAGUGCCCAACAGGCUAUAUUGGGAAGACCUGCAGUCAAAGGGCUGACGAAUGCAGCAGCAGCCCGUGUGUCCAUGGGCAAUGCUAUUCCAGCGGAAGCAGUCACAUCUGCCAGUGUGACCCGAACUAUACCGGAGCAAACUGUGACCAACAUACAGACCAAUGUACCAGCCACCCUUGUGUCCACGGCACGUGUUUUGCGAGCACCUCUGGUCACGUGUGCACGUGCCAGACAGGAUAUACGGGACUGAAUUGUGACACGCCUAUUGGUCCAUGUGAUUCUAGUCCAUGUCGACAGGGAUCUUGCCUAAGUCACGGCCAUGAUUAUGUCUGCCAGUGUCAAUCAGGAUGGACUGGAAAAGAUUGUGACGUAAACAUGUCUGCAGAUCCCUGCUAUUCGAAUCCCUGUGUGCAUGGAUCGUGUUUCAGUAGCGCGUCUGGCUACAUGUGUCAGUGUCCAGCUGGAUUUACCGGACAGAACUGUGACCAACCUGACGAUCCAUGCACACCGGAUCCAUGUAGCGGCCAUGGUAACUGUGCUCGGGCAUCGGGAGGCAGUGGAUACGUAUGCACGUGUUUCUAUGGAUACACUGGAGUAACCUGUGCCACAGCUUCCGGCGGCUUUAUUAUAAACCCAGGAGACUGCGUUGUAAGUCCGUGGGGACAGUGGUCGGUGGUCUCAGGUUUUGGAACACAGGACCGGCAGAGGAUUGUGAUAACAUCGCCAUCGUCAGGAGGCAAACCGUGCCCGUCAUUAUCGGAGAUUAGACACACCACCACGUCCCCAUCAGUCCCUGUUACCGCCACCAACAUGGUGUCCGGCUUUGUAACUCCGUCGGGAACCGGCUCAACGGGUUAUGGACAACUACGGGACCUUUUGAUCAUUCUUGACUCUUCUACCAGCAUCGGUGUUAAAAACUUUACCGAUGCUAAAACACAACUUAGCCGACUCGUCGCACUGUUUUGCCCUAGUCCUGAUCCAUUCGCUGGAGAUCACCAAAAGGCAGCUUUACUCGUGUACAACUCUCGCGUGUAUGAAAUAUUUGAUUUUAAUGAUCUACACAACACAAAAGAGGUGCAGGCAAAGAUUCUGAGUGUCACCUUCACAGACGGUAUAACCUUGACAGAAGCAGCCUUCGAGUAUGCAAGAACUCAUAUGCUCAGUCGGAAUAAAGGAAUGCGCUUCCGUGCCGACGUCAAACAAGAGGUUCUACUAAUCACUGACGGCGAGUCAAACCACCCGGCAGAUACGAUCAAAGCGGCAAAAGAGUUGCAACAAUACGCCACGGUCUACGCUCUUGCCAUUGGUAGCAUCAGUCCAGAGGGACAGAAGGAGAUUUCCGGCAGUGUUUCCACUCCUCCGAGUGUCCAUCUGUUCAGCAUCCCAGGCUUUGGUGACCUUAAAACACUCGUCGAUGAAAUUGCAAGGCAGGUUCACCAAGCCCAGUGCGCUCGAUUUGAGUAUUGAUCGAUUUUGAUUUUAGUAUGGAUCGAUUUUGAUUUGAGUAUUGAUCGGAUUUGAUUUUAGUAUGGAUCGAUUUUGAUUUGAGUAUUGAUCGAUUUUGAUUUUAGUAUGGAUCGAUUUUGAUUUUAGUAUUGAUCGGUUUUAAUUUUAGUAUGGAUCGAUUUUGAUUUGAGUAUUGAUCGAUUUUGAUUUUAGUAUGGAUCGAUUUUGAUUUUAGUAUUGAUCGGUUUUGAUUUUAAUAUUGAUCGUAUUGGUUUGUCGUCUGGAUUGCAUCUCAAUGAAAGUGCACUUAAUAAAUGAACAUGUUCGGUUA